AAAAGAUUGUCAGGAGAGAGGGAGAGGGAGAGCAGAGCUGCCGGAAGUGUCUGCAAGCAGCCGCGGGGGCCGCAGCAGCAGCAGCAGCAGCGGCGGCGGCGGCAGCAGCAGCUGUAGCCGCCUUAGCCAGAGAAACUUUCCAGUUUUAGCCUAGGAGCUCGGAGACAGAGGAGCCCCUCAUGCCCCGGAGCAACAAUGCAACCAUAUGACAGCCACCUAAUUCAACCCACUCCUUUGCCAUUCUCCAGCACUUCCCCUCCUUCGUCCUCCCGUGGAGAUUGAGGCAGGCUGGGAAUCUCUGUAACCCCUGCAAAGAAGCGCCUCGAGGAGGUGCGGGAUCGGGGGAGGGGGGCCCCCAUUUUCUGUGCACCUUUCUCUGCGCGCCCCGACCCUCCUCCUGCCGCCUUCCUGCUUUGGUUUUUGGUUUGUUCGGGGUUAGAUUCCCGAGUUGGCUUUCUUUUCUACUUGACCUGAAGAGUCCCAGGCUGCUGUCGCCGGCAUAGCGUCUGUGCCAUGGGGCUGCCCACUCUGGAGUUCAGUGAUUCCUACUUGGACAGCCCAGACUUCAGGGAGCGUCUGCAGUGUCACGAGAUUGAGCUGGAGCGGACUAAUAAAUUCAUUAAAGAGCUCAUCAAGGACGGAUCCCUGCUUAUUGGGGCUUUGAGGAAUCUGUCCAUGGCAGUACAGAAAUUUUCACAGUCCUUGCAAGAUUUCCAGUUUGAAUGUAUUGGAGAUGCUGAAACUGAUGAUGAAAUUAGCAUUGCUCAGUCAUUAAAAGAAUUUGCCCGCUUGCUUAUUGCGGUGGAAGAAGAGAGGAGAAGACUGAUUCAAAAUGCUAAUGAUGUGUUAAUAGCCCCACUGGAGAAGUUUCGAAAAGAACAGAUCGGUGCCGCAAAAGAUGGAAAAAAGAAGUUUGACAAAGAAAGUGAGAAAUACUAUUCUAUUCUUGACAAGCACUUGAAUUUGUCAGCAAAGAAAAAAGAGUCUCAUUUGCAAGAGGCAGAUACACAAAUUGACAGAGAACAUCAAAAUUUCUAUGAGGCCUCACUUGAAUAUGUCUUUAAAAUACAAGAAGUUCAAGAAAAGAAAAAAUUUGAAUUUGUUGAACCGCUUUUAUCCUUCCUUCAGGGAUUAUUCACCUUUUACCAUGAAGGAUAUGAACUGGCUCAGGAAUUUGCUCCCUACAAGCAGCAGUUGCAGUUCAAUUUACAGAAUACAAGGAAUAAUUUUGAAAGUACUCGUCAAGAGGUAGAGAGAUUAAUGCAGAGAAUGAAAGCUGCAAAUCAAGAUUACCGUCCUCCAAGUCAGUGGACAAUGGAAGGGUAUCUUUACGUACAAGAGAAACGACCUCUUGGCUUCACGUGGAUUAAACAUUACUGCACUUAUGACAAAGGGAGCAAAACAUUCACAAUGAGUAUUUCAGAGAUGAAGUCCAGUGGAAAAGUGAAUGGUGUUGUGACUAGCUCACCAGAGAUGUUUAAAUUAAAAUCUUGUAUCCGGAGAAAGACAGAUUCAAUCGACAAACGAUUCUGCUUUGACAUUGAAGUUGUUGAAAGACAUGGAAUCAUUACAUUGCAAGCUUUCUCAGAAGCAAAUAGAAAACUGUGGCUUGAAGCAAUGGAUGGAAAAGAACCGAUUUAUACUCUGCCUGCCAUUAUUAGCAAGAAGGAAGAAAUGUACUUAAAUGAAGCUGGAUUCAACUUUGUGAGGAAGUGCAUUCAAGCUGUGGAGUCUAGAGGUAUCACCAUUUUAGGUCUCUACCGAAUAGGAGGUGUGAACUCCAAGGUCCAGAAGCUCAUGAAUACCACAUUUUCUCCUAAGUCUCCCCCUGAUAUUGAUAUUGAUAUUGAACUAUGGGAUAAUAAAACAAUAACAAGUGGACUAAAAAACUACCUCAGAUGUCUCACUGAACCGCUGAUGACUUAUAAAUUACACAAGGAUUUCAUUGUUGCUGUUAAAUCUGAUGACCAAAACUACAGGGUGGAGGCAGUCCAUGCAUUGGUGCACAAAUUACCAGAAAAAAACAGAGAGAUGUUGGACAUCUUAAUAAGACAUUUAGUCAAAGUAUCACUGCAUAGCCAGCAGAAUCUCAUGACUGUCUCCAACCUUGGAGUCAUCUUUGGGCCUACUCUGAUGCGGGCACAGGAAGAAACCGUAGCUGCUAUGAUGAACAUCAAAUUCCAGAACAUUGUGGUUGAGAUUUUGAUAGAGCACUAUGAGAAGAUAUUCCAUACUGCACCAGACCCAAAUAUUCCUCUUCCUCAGCCUCAGUCCCGGUCAGGGUCCAGAAGAACAAGAGCCAUUUGCCUCUCGACAGGCUCCAGGAAGCCCAGAGGGAGAUACACCCCCUGCCUGGCAGAACCAGAUAGUGAUUCAUAUAGCAGCAGCCCAGAUAGUACACCUAUGGGAAGCAUAGAAUCACUGUCCUCUCACUCAUCAGAACAAAAUAGCACUACUAAGUCAGCUUCCUCCCAGCCACGGGAAAAAUCUGGAGGCAUCCCCUGGAUUGCAUCUCCACCACCUUCCAAUGGACAGAAAAGCUCAGGUCUCUGGACAACUAGUCCGGAAUCAAGUUCUAAAGAAGAUGCAUCCAAAACAGAUGUGGAGUCUGACUGUCAGAGUAUUGCAUCAGUCACUAGCCCAGGGAACAUUUCCCCACCAAUAGAUCUGGUCCAUAAGGGGCUUUAUGGACCGUCGGGACUGAAGCGAUCUGCAGCUUCCUCCCUCAGAUCAAUCCCUGCAGCUGAAGGAAACAAAAGCUACAGUGGAUCCAUUCAAAGUUUAACUUCCAUAGAUUCCAAAGAGACACCCAGAGCACCACCAAAUCCUGACCUCCCUCCAAAAAUGUGCAGGAGAUUAAGGUUAGACACUACAUCAAGCAAUGGAUAUCAGCGACCUGGCUCAGUAGUGGCGGCUAAAGCCCAGCUGUUUGAAAGUGCUGGAUCACUUAAGCAGGUUUCUGCUGGACGCCAAGCUAAAGCCAUGUAUUCCUGUAAAGCUGAGCACAGUCAUGAACUCUCCUUUCCACAAGGGGCAAUAUUUUCCAAUGUCUACCCAUCAGUGGAACCUGGAUGGCUAAAAGCAACUUAUGAAGGCAAAACAGGACUAGUUCCAGAAAAUUAUGUUGUCUUCCUCUAAUUAGAGUUAGUGGAUGGCAGUAUCUUCAUGGUAUCCAUGGUAACAAUCAUAGUAAUAAGUGCUAUGAUUUAUCUGACACAGAUACAGGGACCAGCCCAAUCAAUGAAAAUGGUCGAUUUUUGUCAAGUUCUCUACCAGCACUUUGUGCAGCUCCCCUGUCAGUGAAACAAAGUGGAUGUAACUCAUUGGCCUAUCUUUUCAAGCUGGCACCCUAUUUAAAUGACUUGUUUUUUUAAUCAAGAGAAACCAUACACCUUUUUUUUUUUCUUUUUCUUUAAACAUAACAAUGGCAGAAUUGGAAAUAGAAAUACUGAGUUGGUCAUCCAGUCCAGGCAACUUAUAGCCCAAGAAACUGCUACAAGAUUUUUGGGAGUCCUGACCAAAUAUAUUCAUCCCUACCUAGUGCUCCCUGAAGUUUCUAGAAACCAUGUGUCAUAAUAUAAUUUAAACUGUAUAUUUUUUUCUCUUUGGAAAAAAAAAAGUAUUGAGUUGACUUCUCUUUAUACGUCAGUUUUGCUGGUCCUUAGCAUUUCAAGGAAAUAGAUUUGCAACAUCACUUUAUGUUUAUUUGUUAUCUAAGGAGAUGAUAAUGUUCAUAUGCAAUAAUGUGUGUUAUCUAUGUAAAUGAGGCCAAAUUAGGUUAUACACUGAUUAAAACUUAACCCAUCCAGAAUGUGAUUAUUUUUUCCCAACACCUUCUUAGUUUUAUCUAUUUUACUACCAAAAGCCUCUUGAGAACAGGGACUGUGUCUUAUUUAUCUUGGGAUUUAUGUUAUUGCCUUGUACAUAGUAGGCACUCAAUCAAUGUGUGUUUUUUUUAAUGGAUAUCGUCUUUACUUCUAGAUUUUUACCCCUUUGUAUAAAUAUACUUAUAAAAUUUGUAUUUAUAUCCUGCUUGAGGUAUGAUAGGGGCUCUUCACAGAAACGUUUCUGAAGUCAAUAAAACACGAAUUAUAUAGGAAUACACAGUAUAAGUCAAUUAUAUAUGACCACACAAUGUACACACACAGACCCAAAUGUAUUACUACAACAUUUCAGAAUGCCUUAUUAAUAUUGGGGCUAUUUUUUGCUGAGAUUUUCUUCUACAGAUGACACAGGUCUUCUGUGAAGACAUUAGAUGGGCAAGCUAUAUAUUUUAAAGAUUCUACUGAACUGAAAAGAAAUAUAAAGAUCUCUACUGUUUAAAUUGUGUUAUCUUAGCUUCUUCCGUCUCUUUUGGACUAGAGUAAUAUCUGGGGCUUGGUAGUCUUUUCUAUCAUUCUGUUUAUAAGCUUUAUUUUCUUGGGAAUUAUAUUGAAUUGUCAAUGAAUAGAAAUAAGAAAGGAAACUAUUGUCUUAUUAAGUUUCAAAGUAGAUAUCUAGCACCUUAUGAAGCAAACAGUUGCCUAUCAUCUUGCAGGAAUGGUUGUCCUUGCUGACAGCUAUAUGUGUGUUCUUAGAGCUCUUCUCUCCACUGUGAGAGGUAUCUCCUAGGAUCUUUCCAUCCAGCUGGUUCAUGGAAACAGGGAACAAGGCCAUGACCCCAGCCAAGCUUGGUUGGAUUUGCCAUGUUAUUUUGUUGGCAAUAUCAAUAUUUCCCACAGGCAGAAAUAAUAAGGUGUUGACUGUGUGGGUCUCACUCUAUAUUAUAAUUGGUGACCUAAGUCUGUUGUAAAGUGACUUUCCUAAGGCUAAAAUAUACUCAGUUGCAGAAAAGCUAUGCCACAAAGUACUUAUGCUUUUAAAAUUGAAAAUGGAAUAAAGGUUUAGAAUUGAAAAAGAGAGAGAGAGACAAACAGGAGACAAAAUGUUCAUGGAUGAAAAGCAAGUAUGUUUGGUAAAAGAUAAAUGCUACAGACAGAAUGGUUUUAUAAUAUUGCAAGAAUCAGUGCUGGCAGGGUUUUAUAAAACAAAUAAUUGCUGAGAUGUCAUGGGACUAGGAGUCAGAAGACCUAGUUUCUAGUCUUGGUUCUGAGUUGUAUUAUAUUGGGGAAUUUAAGCAUUUAAAUCCCUCUGGGACUUCAUUACCUCAUUUGGAAAAUGAUAAAGUCCCUUUUUAUGAGUCUUGUAUAAUAAUAUUAGCAUCAGGCCCACAUCACAUUCCUUAUAAGUCAGUAGGCACAUGAAUACCCAUAGGGUCCUUUGCCCAUAGCCCCUUGGUUAGUAAGCAUCCAGGGAAUUUAACUCUGUGGUACUGACACCUAUUGUCUCUAUACCCUGUACCAAGUUUUUCCUUAUAGCACCUUUCUAAUGAGAACAGUGUUUGUUUUUGCUCAUUCUGCAAUGAUAAUUUCAAUUACAAUAACAAUUAUUUUCCUGUGCCAUUAAUAUCUUGUCAGAAUCAUGAACUGGAUCAAAAGUUUUAGUCUUCAUAAUAUUAUUUCAUGUUAUGAUAUGCUUUAGCCGUACGUGUGAAAUACUCACAUUUUAAGGCCCUUUCUUCAUUUGCUAAAACCUAGUCUUGGGUUAUCUUUUUCAAUUCACUUAAAAUUAGCUUGUGAAAAUAUUUUUUGAACAUACAUUUCCCAUAAUGCAGGAAAAUCUCUUAGAGUAAGUUUUUUUGUUUUGUUUUGUUUUUCCCCAAAGACCAUCUUCCCUUUAAUAGGAGACUCAGAACUCAAAUAUGUCUGCUGCUCAGUCAAGAAAUCUCUACCUACAUUCGAUUUUAAACCCAAACCAAUGUCCUCACAUCCAAAUUUACUGUAAUAUAAUUGCAGUAUAGUAGGGCUUAAUGGGUCAUUUUUUGUACUUGAUGUUUAUGAGAGUCACUAUACUACCAGGCAAAAGGUCGUAGCCAGAUUUCUUUCUUGCUAAUGGAGGUUCAUAGUCUGCUGCUGUUCUUUCCCUGGACAUUUUUAAACUAUUUUAUAGACAUAACGUGCUUAUUCAUAAACAUGCCACACCUUAGAGAUUUCAACCUCGUUGCUUUGUCCCAGCAGUUGUACUUUCUUCAUCUUUAUUGCUCACAAAAUUAGACCUCUUUUCCAAAGUCAUGUUGUAAAUGAGACUAAAGUGCCUUAAGAGCAAGUCUAUAUGAAUUGUAUGACUCCAGGUAUCAGGGAAAUGUGAACAUUAUGGAACAAGAAGUAGUAUUAUGCAGGCAGCCAGGCACAGAGUGGUCUUGGAGUCUAGAAGUCUUGCCUCUUGGCACAUGGUGGCCACCUGAUCACAGGUGAGUCACCUAACCUCUUUGUCCCAGUCAACUCUGACUAUAAGUUAUGGCUGCGAAUAUAAAUCAGUUUGGGGAGUUUUCCCUAGAGUUCUCUAUAAUGAUAAAAUUGGAGUUCCUUAUACCAGUGGUAUCAAACUCAAACAGAAACAGGAGCCACUAAAAUGUACAUAAAGAUCCCUUUGGGCUGUAUAUUGACUUAGAAAAACACAUUAUCUGUGUUCUAUUGUAUUUUAUUUAUUUUGUUAAAAAUGUCCCAAUUACAUUUUAACCUAGUUGUGUUGUACUCAGGAGUUUUAUGGGCCACGUGUUUGACACCUCAGCCCUAUACCAAUGAAAUAAUGGAUCUAGACCAAUGAUAAUGUAGUGCCAAAACUGGUGAUCUAGGAAGUAAUUUUAAUAAAUUUAAAAGCAUCCCACUUAUAAGCAGAAGCAAUUAUGUGACUAUGGUAAAAUUGUAUCUUUCAGUUCUCACAAAUGCUUUAUGAUUUGACCGUGACAAUUAUUGGUUGCCUAGUAAUCAGUGUGAAAUUGGCAUAUAUUAUAUCAUGGUAACUGUUAUUUAUGUCAUGUGAAAAGUGUCUCCGUGCAAGAUGUGUAUUUCUCCUACAUGUAGCCAUUUAUCUUAUGCCACUGCACCCUGAAAGUGUAAUGCAGUAGAACCUAACAAGUCAUCCAAAAUAUUACUAUAUUUUGUCACAGGAGAAUGUUCAAAAUCUGCACUACCUUUGCGUAGAGGUAUCUCCAUCUAAGAGAUAGCUGGCUGCUUACUCUGUGAGUUUUUUCCAAGUGUUUUUGUUUCUUGGGUAUGCCCCUUCUUAUAGUUCUGUAUUCCUAAAUGUGGAAUGGUUAUCAUUAACCAAAUUAGAUUUCUUGACAGUCUCUAUUUUGCCUUGUCCUAUCUCUACCCCUUUGCAGAAGCCAGGGAGAAAAACACUUACCUAAUAAUGCACCAUUAAUCCCUCUUAAACUAGAGGAAAUAUAGAUAUACUGUAUUGUUUUGUUCUUAUAUUAUAGACUAUUAUUUAAUUUCAAAUAUUUAAAUUUUAGAGAAAUACCAGCAUUAUCCCUGAAAGCCUACCUAAAGCCAUCCUUUUAUUUCCAUGACACACUUCCCCUCUUGUAGUACUCAUGGUGUUUGGUGGCCAUACCUGGUACACCAAGACAUAGAACUCUGACUGUGGAUGUAACCUCAGAAUGGUUCUAUAGACUGCAGGACCCCCAAAGUAUCUAAUCACAUAAUUAUGUUUUAUAGGCACAGAAGCCAUAGCACCCAGUUCUUCUCUAUAGACAGUACACAUUUACUUUUGUUUCACAACUAUAUUUGAAACAUACCUGUGGUAACCAUAAUCUAACUUUUGGGUACAUGAUUCCUCAAAGCAUAAAUUUCACCAAGAGAAUUCAUAUUCAUUUUUAAAAAUCCAAACUUUUCUAUUACAGACAUAUGACAAAGCCCAUGCACAUUACACGAUUAAUACGCAUUACAUGAUUAAUAUUCAUUAAUGUCCAAGUUAAUGGUAAGUAGUACCUGUGAUCACAUUCCUGGUGGACAUUAACCAUUGCACACCUGACCCCCUCACCAAAUAUAAUAUCCUAAUGCUGAAAACAAUGGAUUUUCUUCACCAUUAGCUUCACAAGAACCUGUCCACAAGAGCUUUUGAAGAAAACAUCAUUAUGGUUAUUAUUAUACAGGGCUGUUGGAUGUUCUCUGUCUCUCUCUAUGUCUCUCUCUGUUUCUUUCUCUGUCCCUAUGUCUCUCUGUCUAUCUUUCUGUGUCACUCAAUAAAUUAUGCCAAAAUUAAUAUGUUAGGGGCAUUAUCUCAGGAUGAAAGGCAGAAAUGAUCUGAACAAUUUAGCCAAAUCUUUGAAAGCCAUUUUGUGGAGAAUUUCCAAACAGACACACACACACACACACACACACACACACACACACACACACACACACACAUGCAUACAUAUAAAUAUGAUUAGAGCAUAACAUUGACCGAUUUUUCUUGCUCCUCUUUGAAGUUAGUUUUCUAUGACUGUUGUCUCCAUGCUACAGAGAAAAAUGCAGGUUGUGCUUUUACCAAGGUGUUUCAAACAACACAGGCAAUUUUCUAUUCUAUCUAAUCCUUUCUCUCCUCCUAGCAGCUGCUGCAAAAGGGUUUUCAUUUCAAUGGCUUUAUUCUUUCUGUAGUGUGAACCACUGUAGGUAUUAAAAAGUCACCUAUUUUGUAGCUGAAUUAGACCUCUCCCUUCUCCUUUUGACUUCACUGGCUAAUUUUGGGCAGUUGCAUAGUAGAAAUCAUGGUUACUUUUGUUCCUAACAGAAGGCUUUCCCUUUGAGGAAGAAAGAGUACUCAAUUUUGCCAUAUAGUUUUUACAGUCCCCCAAAUUAGUGGGAUUUGACCUGUCUGUGGCCCCAUGUGAAGUUAUGUAUCUACUCUUGCUGUCAUUCACAGUGCUUCCUCCCUAAGUGAAGGCAACACACCAACUUCCACAGAUUGUCAUAGUACUUCCUGCACAUUAUACUUGGAGUCAGCAGUAAUCUUUGGCUACUGGUGUCUAAGACUGCAAAACUGGUCUUAAACUCUGAGGUGAAACCUUUGCAAAUGCAAGGUCAUUGUUUGGCAGGGAAGAUGACAGGGUUUCCAAUUCAGAAUCCUAUUUAUAGUUUUUAUUUUGGAGGUACUGGAGUUUAAAUCACUCCUAGAUGUUUAGAUACUAUAUUUCAGCCCUAGGAAUUUCUCUGCAGCCAUUAAUUAACAUGACAAACUAUGGUAUGGUAUAUGAGAAAAAAAAAAGUACUCCAGUAAAUUAUCAUAAUGAGUUUUUUGUUUAUUUUGUAGUGUUUCUAUAUUUAUCUGCACUUUGUAUAUAUAUAUACACACAUGUAAAUAACCUGAUUAUCCCUAAUCUAAAUGGUCACAGUACCUUUGUUGUACUUUUACACUGUA